UCUAUGCGAAAAGUUUGUCAGGUAAAAAAAAAAUAAGGAAAAUAAAGGAAUUAAUAGUCAAAACAGAUCGAUCAAAGUGAAAGGAAGCACACAGACUGCACAGAUGAACUCAAAGGAAAAGGAGGUAAAAGGCAAAGGAGAAGGAAAAGAAGAAGAUAGAUUUCGACAAAUUCUUCGCAUCAUAAAUGAUAAUGUUAGUUAUGAUUGGAGGAUAGUGGCAAAAAGUCUAAAAUUUUCCAAAAUAGACAUUGCGGAUAUUGAAAAAACUAGCGGCAAAGUUGAAGAGCAAUCUUGGAAUAUGUUGACAAAAUGGAGAGGUGAUAGGAAAUUAAACGGACGUAUAUUAAAUGACAUUUUAGACGCAUUAAAAGAAUGUAGAUUCAAUAGAUUAGCUGAUUUAACUACCAGAAUUGCUUUUUCUCAAUCUUCAAUUGACGAUAUUUUAGCACUUCAUGUAGAGAGAGAAAUUCGCAUGAGAGAUAUUCUCCUUAAAGUGACUGAUAAUGUUCACAAUGAGUGGCGCCGAUUAGCAGUUUCUUUACGCCUAAAUAAAGCAGAUAUUGCAAAAAUUGAGACAUCCUUCUCCGGUCGAACAAGGGAGAAGUGCAUGAGGGCUCUCUACAAAUGGCGUUCUCUAGUUGGAUUACAAGAAUAUAAGGCCUCAUCUGUAAUAAGAGCAUUAAAAGAAUGCGGCUUACAGGAGGCCGCAAACGAAAUUUCCCGAGGUCCAAUUUGUGAAACUCGUCGAAGAAAGAAGGGAGAAUUACUUGUGCAAUUAAGAGGCGAGUCAGAUGAUAAGGACAAAGCUUUUAAGAAUUACGCUCUAAAUAAAGUUUUGCUUCGAUUAUUGGACGCUCUGGAAGAACAAGAUAAAAUAGGUACCCAUCCUAUAGUCUCACUCUUUCAAGACAACAGACGAGUAAUACUUGAUCAAGUGAGUAGGGUUGGAGCCUAUUUGUCAGUCAUCUGCUCUACAAAGUCUGAUGUACGCUCUUUAUACGAACUAUAUAAAUCUGGAGAGUUGCAAGCGAAAGUCAACGAGAUAUUAGUAACUGAUGAUAUCAUGGAGGAGCUAGGUGGGAAAAAUUUUUCUCUCAAGGUUUCCAUUAGCGAACAAGAGCAGAAAUUAUGUGAAGGAGAAUUACCAUUAAAAUUCGAUAAUAGUAUGAAUGAAUAUUUUGAGGCUUUACCAUCCAGUAGAACGAAUCGUCGUAAAAUCGAUCCCGUCAAGCCUGAAUGCGUUAAAUAGUAAUGAAAUUGACACCCUCACUUGCUUACUAAUUAGUUAUCGACUGCUUGCACGUCGCGAUUUGGUGUAUUUCUUGAUUGAAAUACUUUUCGACUCUCUUUAACUGAACCUAAACCAAUAGCUGGAUUAAAAUUGUGAAGAUAGAAGGAUUUCGAAUACGUUGAUCUCUGAAUAAUAAAAAUGAGUUUUCAAAACUAUUAAUAAAUAACUAUUUACAGUAUA